UUCUUUUAGAAACGCUGCGCCUCUGCGCCUUGAGAGUGCGCUAUAGGUGUGGAAUAAGAAUUGCACAUAUUUGUGCGACCUUACGUUGAGGGGUAAUAAUAACUCUUCGAAGAAAUGUGAGAUUAGACAUUGUUUAAAUUCCUUUCCGCUGCCGGGAUUCGUGAUAAUCAUUUCGUUACCUUACUGCUUUUCGGCUCUGCGGCGAAACAAACACUCGAAUUAAAACCGCCUAUUAGGUAAAUAUACCUACGUUGUUAUCACUCGGACUAUGCGGGACUGGGUAAUAGAUACCUACAUGACCGCUUAGCGGCGACGUCUAGUUUCCGACGAUGCAUCGUUUGCCCACCGGAUGGUCCCGUAUCGGUAACGGUGGUUUUGCCCCGGUUCCGCAAAUCGAUACUCCGGACGAACAUGACAAUGGCUACCAACAGCAACGGAGGGUGACUCCUGGAGACUUUAAAAGUCAAGUUCGACAGGUACUCCAACGAAGAGUAUUGGAAGAAGAGCAGGAACACGACCACAGGAGUGUUAAGGGAAGUGUCCACAGCUCUCCCGCCUUUUCGGACACAGCCCUUAUAGGGGGUGAUUAUUUGGAUGUACCAAUCCAUCAUUACGACGAAGUGAAUCUCGGUGGAGACUAUAUCGAAUAUCAUGAAUACUACGCCCCUCAAGUUGCAGGUCUUACGCCAAGCAUUAAAGCCAGUGACGGGCUGGAAGUCUGCUCUGGCCCUUCUUACUUGUCCCCUGGAGGGUUCCAUGUUGAUGACCCCUUGAGUGACUUGAGCUAUCGUGGCUCAGAAGGGAAGAUCGAGGAAGUUCCCGGCGAACCUCAAAACUACAAGCCGCCCGCCUUGAGAAGUCGGUUCUUACUCAUCCUCUUUCUGAUUCUCGUAACUCUCGUUGGGUUGGCUGAGGUUGCAAUUAAACUUCUACCCAACGAUUCUGGUACCACUGCACCUUCUCAAGUUCUCAAUGACACGGUUGAAAUCCGUCCACGGUCUAUUUUCGUUGGUAGAACUGGCCUAUAUAAACCUGUCGCACUCUUUAAACGCCAAAAUAGUACUACUCCAUCAGAGACGACAAGUGUAACCUCGACGGAAAGCUCAUCAGCUUCAACAUCGUCAACAAUUCCGAAGUUUCCGGGUCAUCAUGUUAGCACGAGUACCAUCGAGACACCAGUGUCGUCAACCACAGCCCCAAUCAUAACUUGGCCUCCAGAGAUUCCACCCUCUGCUAGUUCAACUCCACUAACAGAUCCACCCCUACCCUUACCUAGCACGACGUCGUCUUCACUUCCCCUAUCUUUUUCUAGUACUGUAUCGCAAGCUGAACCUCCACCGCCUCCACCUCUCCCUCCGUUUCCACCUCCACCCCCACCACCAGCUGCUUCCACUAGUUCUGAGGAUAAACCAUCACCACCUGAAAUUCCUUCCGCAAUUCCAAGUUUUCCGGGAGAGCAAUGGCCGUCACAUACAUUAGAUCCCUCCACUUUCACAUCUAUUACAAAUCCUGAUGGAACUGCUCCUCCCAUCCCCCCUUCAACCUCGUCAACGGAUCCCAAUAACCCGCCUUCGCCAUCGUUGCCUGCGGGUCCUCCAAAUCCAGAGCCCACGCAUUCCGAUCCCUCGCCAACAGGUUCUACAGCGCCUUUACCUACAGACACUCCGUCUUCGUUUCCUCCACCCACGUCAACUUUGCCUAAACCUCCAUCCUCGUUGCCGAGUCCCCCAAAUGGGCCUGUACCAGAUCCUCCAUCUGAUGCUACUACGCUCUCAUCCACGAGUACUUUUACCACGGAAACUUUAAGUACAAUUACUGGUUCAACUUCUCCCGAUUCUCCGACUGAAUCAAUGAGACCGACAGAACAGUCAUCUUCUGGAAUAUCAAGUAGCGUAAAAAGCACCUCCAUGCCUAGCACAAUUACGACGACUCAUCCAGUCGAUACAAACGCGCUGCUGCCUGCUAGCAGUACUCCAAAGCCGUUUUCGACAAUUACCAUAGUACCUGAUACGCAGCCACUGCCUCCACUUAUCACGACAACGAUAACAACUUCAGUAUCGCAGCUUACUGGGCUCCCUAUAGAGACUACUUUUGUUAGCAUCAUAAACAAUGUUAAAGCUUUUGCGGAUGAUGACGUGGUAGAUAUCGUUUCCGUGUACAAGGACUCUCAUGGCAAGCCAACUAGGACAACGACAAUUCAUGCGCAAAGAGUGUCUGUCGGAACAAGCCUAGUUGUCCUCUACAACCCUAUGGAGACGACCCUUACAGAUUACCAAGGAAUUGGAACGAAAACACAAGAUUAUUAUAUCAGCUCGUCCACGCGGGUCUUUUACGAUAAGAACCAUCGCCCGACGGCCACAGAGAUUUCAACAAUCACGGAAACCUUAUCACUUAUGACUCUUACCGAUAGUAAUGGGGUUCCGACGAAGACGAAAACUGAACUUGUUCCCAUGUCUUCAACAAUUGUUACUACGGUCGUAUUACCGACUUCAACAGCCUCAUCGAGCUCGAAGGAGAAUAAGGCCCUACAUGUAGUACCUAUCUCUAAUGGACAGUAUUUCCUGGGCCUCAUGUUCCCUACCUUCAUUGCGAUUAUGGUGUCAAUUCCGAUCCGAAUCAUUGACCAAAAUGCGAGGCUUUACCAGCCAUUCAAUGCUUUGGUGUCUUCUCGAGGAGCCAAAGCCUGUGACACAUUAUGCUUCCCAACCACUAGCACUUUGUGCCUGGCAGGGCGCAUUCGCGCGCUAUUAAAUGGACAGAUUCUCCUUACAUUAACAGGGUUAUUAGUAUUGGGAAGCGUCAUAAUGAUUCCCUUAAGUUCCGAAGCCGUUGGGAUCAUUCUGGAGGGGCCGGACUGCGCGACAGCAACAGGGGACACUUUAACCUGUUCGAUGGCGCUCGGUGUCUACUCGGCACGAGCACAGAUUGCUGUAGCACUUCUGGCAUUGAUGGCGGUCAUCGUCGGACUAUCAAUGGUCGUGCUUCGAAAAUGGAAAACUGGGGUCAAGGAGAACCCGUGGAGCUUAUUUCGCAUGGUACACCUCGCCGCGAACGACGAAAUAAAACUUCUGGUACGAAGACGCCUACGCAAGAAGAACGGCCAUAUUUCAAAUAGCCAAUUGAAUGAGGCCUUUAAGGGAAGAUCUUUCGUCCUCAGUUAUUGGAAUGAUAAUGGAGAUCUAAAAUAUAGCAUCCUCAUCCCAAACGGAACGCAUUCAUCGAAGAAGGAUGGGAAGACAGUCGCCUUUAAAAAGGGUAGGGCCUCACAACAUCAAACAAAGGGGGAUACGAUGCCUUUCUUCAUCCUAACAUGGACGGGAAGGCUUCUAUUCCUAGGCCUAUUAUGCGCCAUGGAUAUUGGUUUAUUGGUGUAUACUAUUGCGGGCGAAGGCCAAGGAUACACAGAAUUCAUGACAGGCAGAUGGCGCAUUGUGCGAUUUAUAUUUACUCUUUUCGGCGUUAUCAUCUCGCUAAUUUGGGACGAUUUCUUCCAAGCCGUUGCGUUUCUUAGCCCCCACAAGCUUUUCCAUCGGAUUCGACUCUAUCAUGGGGAUGCCGGAAAGAUGACACCUCCAACAAAUGCUUUUAGUGGUAUAAGAUCUUCACUAAAACACGAACGGCAAGAUAUCUACCUCGGCAUCGUUUCGGCCACGUCUAUUUUAUCCGAGAUUCUACCCCUACUUCUUAGCGUAGCGUUGGACAAGUGUACAGAAACCUUUUGGGCACACACGGUAUGUCUUUGGAUGGCCGUAUGCCUCCUGAGCAUAAUGAUUCUCACGAUAGCUGGUUCAUUUUUCGUCUCAUGGCCAGACAUGCCCAUCGACCCCAGCUUAAUUGCUGGUGGGAUUUAUUACGCUCUGACCAAGUACAUGCCUAUGAGUCCAUCUUCGGGACUUCUCUUCGGUCGAGUAAGCCCCGGAUUAGUUUGACGAAUUAUCACCAGCAAAGAGCUGUUUUAAAUGGGGGACUUCUUCAUUAUGGUAUG